GACUACUGAAGAUGUUAAAACUGUAGUCAAAACAGCUAUCGAAACUGGCUAUCGGCUGAUCGACACCGCUGCUGUUUACGAAAAUGAAGCUGCCAUAGGUGAAGAAAUCAGGGAAUUGAUCAAAGAACGCAAAAUUAUUCGCUCCGAUGUGUUCAUUACCACAAAGGUAUGGGUUACCCACUUAUAUCCAGAAGGCAUUAUGGAAUCUGCACGUGAAUCCCUUCGUCAACUACAAAUGGACUACAUCGACCUACUUCUUGCUCAUAUGCCAACCUGCUUCAAUCAUGACAUGACUGCUCAAAAAAAGUCAGUGAAAGUAGAAGAUAUAUGGCGUGGAUUGGAAAGCGUCUAUAAAAAAGGAAUGGCUAGAGCUAUCGGUGUAUCGAAUUGGAAUGCCGAACAAAUCGAACGUGUAAUGAAAAUCGCCACCGUACCGAUUCACAACGUUCAGGUAGAGCUCCAUAUUUACUGGCCUCAACAUGAGCUGCAUGAACUCUGCAAAAAGCAUAACAUCGCCCUCACAUCGUAUGCCACCAUGGGAUCUCCGGGUCGAGCUAAAUUUAUGCCCGACAAAUUCGGCUGGAAAGGUGCUUCGAAUGCCUUGGAAGAUCCGAAUGUGAAGAAAUUGGCAGAAAAAUAUGACAAGAGUCCGGCCCAGAUUCUACUUCGUUACGCGAUGGAUAGAGGCAUUGCGGUCAUACCGAAAUCUGUGAAGCCUUCAAGGGUGGCUGACAAUUUCAAGUUGUUCGACUUCAAAUUGUCUCCAGAAGAAAUCAAGCAGCUAGAAUCAUCGGGUCAUCGUCAGAGGCUCUUCAUGAAUGACUUGUAA